AUGGCGAUGCUGGCACAAGAGCUGUCAGUUCUGAAGGGUUUGGUCGAUGCUGCCCCAAGCAGCUCUGUUCGAGACCAGCUCUUGGGAAGCCAUGCCGAGUCGAUCAAGGCGCAGAUCUUGAACAAGCCAGUGACUGAGGAGGAGGUGAAGUCACUGACUGCGGUGAUCCAGGGAAUGCCGUUCAGUGAAGUUCAGGCGUCAGAGUUGCUGGUGGCUCUCAGCACAUCAUAUCUGAGAGCUAACAAAGCGGCAAGUGCUUCUGGAAAGAGCCAAGUGAUGGUGGAUCUGGUCCCUUACCUGACGGGCAAGGAGUGGGACAUGAUCCACGAUGGUGCACUUGGCUUGAAGGUGAAGCUCAGGAAGCUGUCUGAUGUCCUGAUGAAGCUUGGCUGCCUCUACCCAGGCGAGCCGAGCAAGGGCCAUGUGGUGUCACUGCUGAAGCAGUGCGGACACGACGAGCUCAGUGACCCCCAGACCUUCAACUUGAACCUGAAGCUGUUCAAGAACUACAUCACAGAAGCCAGAAAGAAGGCCAAACUGGAGGACUGUGGUCGGGUGCACAUAGAUGUGUACAACGGCAACCCCAAGGACCUGCCGAAGGACAUCUACCAAAAGGCCUAUGCACAUGAAGGGCCAUGUGGACGACAAGACAGCCUGAAGGCAAAUACUGUCGGCCCCUUGCGUGGCAGCCACAAAGACAUGAGGCCUCAGGCCAUGAGCAGUGCAGCCAACAGCACGACCUGUCAGAUGUCGCAGCUGGCAAGCUUCGCAUCGAUGAUGGCAUCCUUCGUGCGGGGAGAUGGCCAGCAUGCAAAUCAGCAGACAGCUGCUGUGCAAGCUCCUGUGCAUGUGCCUGCACCUGCGCCAGCGGUUCAGGCGCCAGCACAGCCAUCUGUGAGCACAACUGCUGUGGUGGCAGCUGAGCAACAGGCCAAUGAGACGGUGAAUGUGCCACCGAUUGAGUUGGGACCAAAGACUGAAGGAGCGUCCCAAUGGAUGUUCUGGCUGCAGAUGGACUCCAGGCUGCUGCCCGAGUUGCUGGAGGAAAGGAUGAUGAUCGUCGUGAGCCGUGGGCUGGCAGAUACUUUGAAGAAGCUGCAGGAAGCUGGGAAACUGGCUGAGGAUGAGCCCACGUCAAGGGCUUCCAUCAAGCGGGCCAGGGAGCUUGAGCUGUCACAGAUGAGCACCAGGUUCGGACCCAUCCUUCUUGAGAAGACUUUGACUGGGGACACGAAGGGGGACACGAAGGAAACUUAUUCGGUCUCCAUGCUCAACCCCGUAAGUUUGUGGGCAUAUCUGGUUGAAAACUGUGAUGGUCUCAAGCCCGUUUUGGACGAGGCUUUUUCAAAGCAUAGGCCUGAGUUGAACAAGAGAUGGGACUUGAUAGUGUACUGUGACGAACUUGUCUUGGGCAACGCAUUGAGACACCAGAACAACAGGAAACUUCAGGACACCUUCUUUGGUCAGCACAGCUUCGAGCAUGGGAUUAUGAUCAGCUACCGCGGUGAAGCCUUCUUGUUUUUCUCACAGCUCAGCGUCUUGAUUGCUGAUGAGGUUGCAAUCAAGCAGAGCGUUGAAUCCAAGGGGGCGGCUGGCAAGCUCUUUUGCAGUCGCUGUUCGAACGUGAUCAGCAAGUACUCAUGGGACAAUGCUGUGGACACCACGGGUCUUGUGCAUGGGGCAUGCACUGAUGUUUCUCAGUUCAGGCUGCACACCAACGAAUCUGUGCAGAAGGUCGUCAAGUACUUGGAGGAGCAGCAUGGGAAAUUGACAAGUGUGCAGUUCGCACAGCUCGAGACCCAGUUGGGCUACAACUGGAAACCUUCUGGCCUCCUGCGCAACCCAACUUAUGGCCUGGUGAUUCCUGAAAGCAUCAUGUUCGAUUGGUUCCACGUCUUUCUGGUGCAUGGGAUUGCCAAUCGUGAGUUCGCUUUACUGUGGCAUGCUCUCAAACGGGUUGGGCUUUCAACCCGGCUGGAAAAAUUUCUGGAAUCAUUUGAGUGGCCCAAGCAGUUUCAGGGCUCCAGGCCAAACAAGAUCUUUGGGAAACGGGACACAUCAGUGGAGCCACUGAAGUGCUCGGCCAGUGAGCUGCUCAGUGCAUAUGGGAUCAUCAGAGUCUUCAUCGUGCAGUUUGUCUGGGAAGAUCAUCCGUCUGUGCGCCCAUCAUGCCAGACAUCUCUCAGACUGUGUGAAGUUCUCGAUCAUCUAACUACACUGAAUCGCGGCGGGUCUUGUUCAUGGACUGAACUCCAUGAAGCCAUCAAAGGCUAUCUGGAUAGCUUCUUGGCACUCCACGGGGACGAGUAUUGGGUCCCAAAAUGUCAUAUGUCUCUUCAUCUUGGUGAGUUCCUCCGGCGUCAUGGGACGUUGUUAUCGUGCUUUGCCCAUGAACGCAAGCACCGCCUCGUCAAGAGAUUUGGCAACCCGGUCAACAACUUCACUCAGAGCUUUGAGAAAUCUAUCCUCAGCGACAUCAUUCAUGUUCAGGUACGUGAGCUGUGCGAAGAAGCUGUGGUUCUGGGCUUGUCUCUCUUCAAGGAGAAGAAGGUUGCCAAAGGCAAGAUGGAUUGGCUCUUCGAGUUCUUGGGAAGUUCUGAAUGCUUCACAUCCAUUCGUGCUCAAGGCCCUGGAGGCCAUGUCGUGCAGAAGGAUGAUGUUGUGGAGUUUCUCGACAGUGAUGGAUCAUCUUCAGUGGGUCGGGUGUUGUACCACGUGAGACAUGGAUCCACGUUUUUGACUGUGCUUUGUCCCUGGAACCGGGUGCAUGGCAUCAUGUUCAAAGUUAAACAUGAUCUAGCUGUGAUCCUUUUGAGUUCUGUUGUCCAAUGUUGUAUGUACAGCUUGAAAAAUGACGAUGCUAUGGUAGUCCGACGGUGA